GUUUUUACCAAGAUAUGGCAAAGUAAUGAAGUCACUUAUUGAUGGCAAGCUAAAAACACAUCAACAAUAUCAAACGAUCAUCGAUGAGUAUCAUGCUCGACCAGAAAAAACAGAUAACUUCCUUGCAGCUUUCGAUGAGGCAAUGAAUACCAAUGCGAAUAAUGAACACUUCACACAACAGCAAUUUUAUCAUUUGUUAGCCGACCUUUAUGGUGCAGGCGUCGAUACUACUCUCACAACUUUUCGUUGGUUCCUCCUGUUCAUGGCAGCAUAUCCGGAUGAGCAAAAAAAAAUUCAGGAUGAAAUGAACGAGCUAUUGGGACAAAAAAUACCCACUCUGGAAGACAAGCUACUUUUAAUUCGACUUGAGGCAGCCAUCGCGGAAACGCAAAGAUUGCGGAGCGUAGUACCGGUCGGCAUCCCUCAUGGGACAUUAGAGGAUACACAAAUAGGUAAUUACGAUGUGCCGAAAAACACCAUGGUUGUUCCAUUGCAAUGGGCUAUUCAUACAGAUCCUUCGUACUGGCGUGACCCGCUUUUAUUUAAACCCGGGAGAUUUAUUGCUGAGGAUGGAAGCCUCAUCAAGCCAAAAGCCUUUCUACCGUAUCAAGCAGGUAAACGUAUGUGCGUCGGUGAUGAACUGGCAAAGAUGAUAUUAUUUCUGUUCGGCGCAAGAUUUCUUCAUUCAUUCGUUAUCUCCGUACCACCCGGUACGGAUCUUGAUUUGGAAGGCGAGUGCGGAAUUACCCUGUUUCCGAAACCGUACCGGUUGAUUUUUACACCACGACAAUAA